AUGAAGGCUCUUUCUAUCGUCACCAGUGUCCUACAAGACUAUUGCUUUGCUGUUAACCCCCUGAAGACUGUCGGCCCGGCAUCGGUAACUCCCUUUUGCGGUCUGGUCAUCGAGUCAGGUGGACGCUAUCGUCCGCAUCCAUCGCGGAGGGUACUCACUGAGGCAUCCUUUGAUCUCGCAUGGGACGAGUUUAUCAACGGAACCUUCAAGGCCAAGCGCAAGCGCGGAGCUCCUAAAGUUGCCGCAGCUGCCUCGAACCUCAAAAUCUCGUCUCGGGUAUCAUGGCUCAAAUCAUGGUGUGGUACAUUCAACUACUUCCUUGGUCACCUUACGAAGCAGCAGCUUGAUGCUCUGCAUGCUCUCACUGACGUGUCCAAGCGACUCCAAGAUCCUGCUAUCACCGACAAGGAGGUGGAAGCUCAGAGUACCCUUGUACACGCGGCUUUCAAGUCACUGUUCGACUACUAUCUCAGUGGUAUACCGGCUCUAUAUGCCGCUCGAGACGAUCAAGCCAUCGGCACCAUUGUCCUUAGUGAUGCCAACUGCCAUGG